AUAACCGCAGAACGACGUCGCCUCUCAGCAACCCUCUGACCAGAUACAUAAUCGGAAUUAACUACACAUUGCAACACAUCAGGAUGAAGGCUUACUGGUUCGACAACGUUGAGGGUGACCAACGCCUGCCCCAUGACUCUGGGCGCAGUGUUGACCCCAAAUAUCUCUCCAAUUUGGGUGUUAUCUACCAACAUGUCACAUCCGAUGAUGAAGUAAACGCACUGGCUAAGGAGCGCAACUACAAGAACAGAGAUGAAAUCACGGUUUCGCCAGAGAAGAUGGGCGACAUCUAUGAAGAGAAGGUCAAGAGCUUUUUCCACGAGCAUCUGCAUGAAGACGAAGAGAUCAGGUACAUCCUCGAUGGCGCAGGGUUCUUCGACGUCAGGAGUGAGGAGGAUGACUGGGUGAGGAUUUGGUUGGAGCGGGGAGAUUUGAUUGUGCUUCCUGCGGGAAUCUACCAUCGUUUCACUACUGAUGACAAGAACUACAUCAAGGCUAUGCGCUUGUUCAAAGAAGAGCCCAAGUGGACUCCGCUGAACAGGAGUGCGGAGACCGAUGCGAACCACUACCGCAAGGAGUACCUCAGCACACAGCAAGCUCUUGCUACAUGAUAGCCUCGAUUGUGAAGACGUAGCGACGAAGCAACGGCAUCAUGUGCAUACAGUGAUCCAGGAGUAAACUUACAACAAUUUGCAGUUGUUAUCCACUUUUAUACGUCUUCUGUUUCCCUAAUCUCGAUUGGUUAUCGAUGGCUGACCUGCUUAUUUAUGCAUGAAGUCGUACAAAUAUGCAG